AUGGAUCCGCAAGUGGUGUUGGAUCUUUUGGUCGCCAUGGAUGAUAACGCCCUAUACUUCAUCCUGGGGGAGCUGUUGCAAUCCAAGCCCAACCUGGCACCUGACCUGAUCAGCUCUGCAGUGCCGGAUCUCACCUAUGCACCAUCAAAGGCUGUGACCGAAAAGCGAUGUACUGGUGUUCUUCAAAGCGUCAGAGCUGAGGGCAUGAGUUUCAUCCUUUGUCCACAGCUUCAGGCUGCCUUCGGCUGCGAUGUUUGUGUUGCCCCCGCCCAAGUUGCUGGCUUCGUACAGGGCGAACAAGUCAGCUUUGCAGUGACGGGGAAUGAGAAAUCUGAACCCCAAGCAAUAGAUUUACAGAGCCUUUCGUCAAAGGAUGCUGGCAACCCUGCAAGAAAGAGGAACAAAGUUACCCCAGCUUCAACAACAGUUUCCAACAAGAGACCAUUUUCCAUGGCCACUGGAUUACCAGUUGCUACAGAGCAGCUCGAACGGCCUCCGGAUUUAAUGUCUAAGCUGCCCAGCCAAAGCAUGUCGUUGCAAAGCCUUCCAGCAAAAGGAGUGGCUGCCAUUGCUGCGAUCUCUGCGGCCGCUGCCAACAAUCCCAAGGCGGCAGUGCACCAAGCCUUUCCGAAGCAAGCCAUGACCGGGGUCACGCGGGUCAUGCAGAGUGAUGGAUGGCAGGUAGCUAAAUCCGAGACAGAUCCAGCUGAGGUUCGCGAGAUUCUUGGUGAAUACUAUGGAGUUAUUAGGAAUUUUGAUCCCUUCAAAGGCUUUGGCUUCAUUUUCUGCAAGGAGCUGUACGAUGCUUUUAAUGUCGAUGUCUACGUGCAUGGCGACAGUUGUGCGGAGUUUGGAACAGGCGCUGAGGUGAAGUUUGAAGCUUACAUGUACAAUGGAAAGGUGCAGGGCCGCAAUUUGGAAGAUGCAACUGGAAAGGUGCAGGAACCAGCACCAGCUCCGCCAAAUGAAAUAGGAACCUUUGUGGGUGAAGUGAAGGUAUUUCACUGGGACAGGGGGUAUGGCUUCAUUGGCUGCGAUGCACUGCGUGCGAAAGGGUACAACUGUGAUCCCUUUGUGCAUCACACCGAGAUAAAGGACUUCUGGCCGGGUCAGUUGGUCGCCUUCAAGGCAUAUGAGAAUGCCGGCAAGCUGCUGGCACGCGAUCUCAAGGACCCUGCUGGAGUAAUGCUUUCGUCUGGUAUCCAAGCUCCAACUUGGGACGAGGCUUGGGCUGCUGCAGUGGAACUGGCCACUUCGUGGGCAAGGGAUGAGGCCAAAGGAACGACUCCAGACCAACGCGAGCUGGUGAUGGAUCACAUGCAGAUGAUGCAGAGUCUCCCGCCUCCAAAGCCCAAGAAAGCUCCUUGGAGGCCAGACCUAGUGUGGAUGCUGCCGAUGGGUAACAGUCUCAGCAUACCGCUGUCGACCUUCGGCCACUGCUUUGAUAUCUUUGAUCGGUUGAGGACAACGGGAAGCGAUGAUCCACGAAAGCUCAAGAGAUUGCAACAGGAGAUUCAAAGGCUGUCACAACGCCUUGCUGAGUCGGAGAUGUACUCGGCACAUGAUGAUGGUUUGCCAAAGUUUUCGCUGGAAGAGGUGGAAGUGGGCAGCAUGAUUGCUCAAGGAGGCUUUGCUUCGGUGCAUUAUGCUACUUGGCAGUGUACGCCCUGUGCCCUGAAGAAGAUUUUCGACCCCGUUCUGACAGAAGAAUUGAAGUCCGAGUUUGAGAAUGAGGUACGGAUGCUGCGUAAGCUGCGACAUCCGAAUGUAGUUACGCUCAUGGCCGUGUGCCGAAUGCCUCCGGCACUGAGCAUCCUCACUGAACUUGUUUGCGGUGGCUCCCUGUUCGAACUUCUUCAUGGUCCCACUUCGUCCCGGCGGCGCGAUUCUCCAGGUACCGAGCCUACCAUGCUGCUGCCACUGCUGCGUCAGGCUGGCGCCGCCCUCGCAUAUUUGCAUGCUAUGAUGGUGGUUCAUCGAGACAUCAAGUCACAGAAUGUUCUGCUGACAGAAGGCAGCAGGCCUGCAGCGAAGCUCUGUGACUUUGGACUUGCGCGGAUGCGCUCUGAGUUGUGUACUGGGUCCAUGCAGUGGGCAGGCACUGCCCCCUACAUGGCACCUGAGCUCUUUGCAAAACGGAAGUAUGACGAGACCGUUGACGUUUUUGCCUUUGGUACCAUGGUGUGGGAGGUGGUGUCCGUGGAAAUUCCGCAUGCCAACUUGGACCCAGCAGACAUUGCCCACCGUGUUCAGACCAAGGAGGCCGCAGGCCUGGCUUUGCAGCACAGCUGGCCAAAGACCCUGAAGAACUUGCUGAAAACAGCAUUGUCAGUACAGCAGGAAAAACGGCCUGCGAUGACAUCAGUUGUGAAGGAUCUUGAGGGAAUCACUCGCGAUUUCAUGGAAGCCUGA